AUGGCAGCCUUGGCAGAGAUCGCACUCUCCCCCUCUAUCUUAGUGUACCUCAUUCUAAUCUACGUCAUUAGCAAUGCUGUGAGCUUCGUCCUCAACACCCUUAGGCCAAGAGCCUUUCCACCAGGACCAAAGCCCGCGCUUGGCGUCGGAAACCUCCUUCAGCUCGAUAGGGCGUUUCCUUUCCUCACCUUCGGCUCCUGGUCCAAGAAAUAUGGCGUCGAUACUCCCUUAGGGAUCAAGAGAGGCGCUGCCAACGUAGUCGUACUAAACAGUGGCCGCCUCGUUCAUGAGUUGUUCGAGAAGCGCGGCGCCGUGUACGCGGACCGGCCAUGGAUAUACAUGAACACCUGGGUCUUUCAGCAUGACCUACGGCCGGCCUUAUUCUACAACAGCUCCGCCUAUCACACGCGCUGGCGCAGGGAGUUCAAUAAUAACUUUGGUCCUACCGUCAUCACACGGCUCCGCCCAGUCUUCGAGGCCGAAGCGGCUAGGCUCCUGGUAAAGUUGAUCGAGUCGCCGGGCGCGAGGGGCCAGCAGUUUGAAGACAUGCUCGUAUGCUGGAUGAUCAGCGUGUCGUCUCUUGGUGUUUGCGGUAGACGCCCAGACUACAUGGACGAUCACGGAUUCUCGAUCAAGCAUUUCACUAGCUGCAACGAGGCUUACGCGGCACUUCUCGCCCCCAGUGCAAAGGAUCUCUUGCCUUUCUUGCGCUAUCUUCCUAGUUUUCUCGGCAUGUCAGAGUGGAAGAAAAAAGCACUGACCGUGCGAAACGGGGUGAUCGCAGUGGGAGACCAGUUCCUGAGUGCUGCUAAAGAGCAGCGCGCGGCUCUGGACGAGGGCAAGCCUAUCGCGUGGGAAAGCGUGCUAGCGAGAAUGUUGAGGGAGAAGCGAGAGAAGGGAGAAACCAUGUUUACAGAGAGGGACAUGGGAAACGCGGCUUUCCACAUCGUGGCGACUUCUACGAGUGCUCCGAUCGCGUAUUUCCAGACCCUGCUGAUGACUCUAGUCAAGUUCCCUGAGGUACAGAAAAAGAUUAGGGAUGAAGCACUUACGGUUUCGGGAGGCGGAGUACCCAUGGCUACUGAUAUACCACAAAUGAAAUACCUGGAGGCAGUUUGGAAUGAGGUCCACCGCUGGCGUCCCGUCGCCCCUCAAGCGGUUCCCCACGUCCCAACCCAGGACGACGUCUACAACGGCUACCAGAUUCCCAAGGGUACCACUGUCAUUAUGAAUGCCUGGCAGAUCCACCAUAACGAGGACGACUACGAGAACCCAGACAAGUUCGACCCUGACCGCUACUUACGUCACCCACUGGGAAUGCGCACGGACAAGGCGCAUGACCCGGCUGUCAUGGAAGCCUGGGGUGCGCGGCCGCAUUACGACUUCGGCGCUGGGCGAAGGAUCUGUCCCGGAAUGUAUCUUGCAAAGCAGAACUUUCUUCUCGGUCUGGCCAAGAUGCUCUGGGCGUUUGAAAUACGCUCAGCGGAUAACAAGGAGAUAGAUCUGAGUGUUGAAACCGGGCUUGUUCAGGGGACAGCUUUACACCCGAAGGACUUCGAUCUCACCCUGAAGUUGAGACAGGGACGUACGAAGGAGGAUAUCAUGAAUCAUUAUUAUCAGACCUAUGAGGGCGAGGCAGAAAUCAUGGGCUGGAAGAACGGUGAGUUCAGAUAA